AUGUCAAGCUCAUUAAUAAGACGAAUCCUCCACCCGACCCGGAAACCCAAACCCGACUCGACCAUUUCAAUCUCUCUCUUCACCACCGUCUCUUCUCCACCGUCCGAUCACUCAAACCCUCUCAUUUCCGACGUCGUCUCCGUCCUAACUCACCACCGCUCCAAAUCCCGAUGGUCAACUCUCCGAUCUCUCCACCCUUCCGGCUUCACUCCUUUCCAAUUCUCCGAGAUCACUCUCCGCCUCCGCAACAACGCUCACCUCUCUCUCCGCUUCUUCCUCUUCACUCGCCGCUACUCUCUCUGCUCUCACGACGUCGAUUCCUGCUCAACGCUCGUCCACAUCCUCGCCCGAUCUCGUCUCAAAACCCACGCCCGUGAACUAAUCCGCCUCUCCCUCCGUCUCGCCGACGACGACGAAGAUAAAGAAACCGAUCGCGUCUCGAGAGUGUUCCGUUCGCUGAUUAAGAGCUACAAUCGAUGUGGGUCUGCUCCGUUCGUCUUCGACUUGCUGGUAAAAUCGUGUCUUGACUCGAAAGAGAUCGACGGAGCAGUGAUGGUGAUGAGGAAACUGAGAUCUAAAGGAAUCAAUUUGCAGAUUAGUACUUGUAACGCUUUGAUCUCAGAAGCUUCAAAGCGUAGAGAUGCUUCCACUGGAUAUAAGCUUUACAGAGAAGUCUUUGGUUUAGAUCAUGAGACUAGAGCUGAUGAAGCUAAGAAGCUCAAGCCUUAUGUAAACACUUUCAAUUUGAUGAUGGUGAGUUUCUACAGAGAAGGUGAAACAGAGAUUGUAGAAAAGAUUUGGAGAGAAAUGGAGGAAGAAGGAUGCUCUCCAAAUGCUUAUAGCUACAAUGUUUUGAUGGAGACGUAUUGUUCGCGAGGUAUGAUGAUGGAAGCAGAGAAGAUAUGGGAAGAGAUGAAGUUGAAAAGAUUGGAACUUGAUGUUGUUGCUUACAACACUAUGAUUGGUGGGCUUUGCAGGAACUUAGAGGUUACGAAAGCUAUGGAGCUUUGCAAGGAGAUGAGAUUGAAGAAGGGAAUAGAGUGUACUUCACUAACCUAUGACCAUCUCGUUAAGGGUUAUUGUAAAGCUGGGGAUGUUGAUUCGGCUAUGGUUGUCUAUAAGGAGAUGAAAAGGAAGAGUUUUGAAGCGGAGGGUUUAACCAUUGAAGCGUUGGUUGAUGGAUUGUGCGGUGGCGACGACGACGAAGGCAGAGUCGUUGACGCUGCGGAGAUUGUGAAGGAAGCGGUAGAGUUUUAUCCGAGCCGGAAGUGUUAUGAGUUGUUGGUGAAGAGGUUGUGUGAAGUAGGGAAGAUGGAGAGAGCGUUGAAGAUUCAGGCUGAGAUGGUUGGGAGAGGGUUUAAGCCGAGUGGAGAGACGUAUAAAGCUUUUAUCAAUGGGUAUGGAAGUGUAGGUGAUGAAGAAACAUCCGCAUUGUUGGCUAUAGAAAUGGCUGAUGCACUCAAGCUAAGAGGAGAAGAUGAUGAAGAAGAAGAAGAAUUGCAAUGA